GGAUUGACAGUUCUGUUUCCGUGAGCAGAAAUCCCAAAUGUCAAAGCAAUUCUGUUCUCUUUCCGGUUGCCAACUUUCGCUUGGAAGGUUGUUUUUGGUAUCAUCAAAAAGAAUUUUCUGAUUCAGCUGUAAGCGAAAAGUCAGCCAAGAUGGCCAAGUCCAAGAAUCACACCAAUCACAAUCAGAACCAAAAGGCUCACAAGAACGGUAUCAAGAAGCCCAAGCGCAAGCGUAAUGAGUCCAAGCGCGGUAUGUGCCAGAAGUUCCUGCGCAACCUGCGGUACUCGAAGAAGGGUAACGUUUCGCACGAGGAGUCGCUGAAGCGCGCGGAGGAGCGUAAGGCAAAGUACGCCGGACAGCCCGCCCCGGUGAAGCUGUAAACACCUUCCCCCCACAGUACGGUGCCGUGCAUUCCGUACAUAUUUUCCAUAACCGUGCUCGCGACAUGUGAACCGUGCGAUUGUGGGUGAAUAAAAAAGCUACGUUAAAAGUAUAA